AUGCCCCGACUAACCGGCGAAGUACUCCCCACCCCACUCCACCACCACUACCUCCACAGGUCGCCACAGCAAAGCUAACCCAUCCAGGGCGGCGGCCGAAACCCAACCGGCAUCCCCCCCGCAAAAACCGAAUCCGCCCUUCAAGCGCGAAAGACCUUCUACUGUAACCAUCCUUUACCCCCCCCCCCCCCUCCUCUCUACACUUGCCGCUCCCGCACUAACCUGUCCUCAGGCGACCUCUGCAAUAAGGGUUACAGCCGCAGCAACGAGUACGAAGCGCACGAGAAUAGCUACGAUCAUCAGCACAAGAAGCGCUUUCAGGAGAUGAAGGCGAUGCAGCGUGACCCGGUGUCCGCGGAGCGCAGGCGCGAGCGGGAGAGGAAGAGGAUGGAUGAGGGUAUCGCGGUUAUUAAGCCGAUCAAGAUUGAGGAGAAGAGGGCUACCGGCGGGGGGUUCAAGAAGGGGGGGUUCAAGAAUGCGUUUGGGGGGGGUGAGGGGGGUGGGGUUAAGAUGGAGGUUGGAGUUGGGGGGGAUGGAGGGGCCGGGGGGGUGGGAGGGGUUGUGGGGGCGGAGGAGAGUGAUACGGAGGAUGGAGGGGUGGGAGAGGUAUGAUCCUGCGAGACCUACGGAU